AUGUUAGAAACAUCAAUAUUGCCACGAGAUAUAUGUAUAAAUGAUAUAUCAAAAGAAGAUUUUUACAAUAAAUUAUAUUGGGAUCAUCGAAUAUAUGAUAUUAGAUGUGCAGAAGGUUAUAUUAAAGGUCAUAUCUGUCGCGCUCAUAAUAUGCAUCCAUUGCCAAUAAUUUCAAUUGGUUCUAUAUUAAAUAUAGAUGAAGAGAUUAAUAAUGAUUAUGGUAAAAGUGAACAUCCAUCCGAUGUUCUUAUAUACAGAAGUAAAAAUAUUGAUCUAAUAGAAUCGAAUGUAUUAGAUACUUUAUUAUGUUAUUUAAAAUCAUCUUCAAAAUCAUUGAAAAAAAUCCAUAUAUUAAUUGAUGGAUAUGAAAAUUUUCAAUUAAAUUAUCCAUAUUUAUGUAGUGAUAGUAUUUAUUAUAAUGAAUCUAUUCUAUUAGUAUGGCCAACUUAUAUAACAUCGAAUUUAUAUCUUGGUUCGUCAAUGUGUCGAAAUGAAACAAUAAUAUCUUUAUUAAAAAUUACGCAUAUUAUGAGUUUUAGUGAUUAUCAACCACGAAAAAUCGAAAUGGACAAUAUUAAAACUAUACAUUGGCAAAUAUCUGAUAGUUUAUCAUCGAAUUUAUUGGAUAUAUUUCCUCUUGCUGUUAAAUGGAUAUUGAAGAGUAUUAAUGAUGAUAAAGGAAUUAUAUUAGUUCAUUGUGAUCAAGGUGUUAGUCGAUCAGCUAGUAUAAUAAUAGCUUAUCUAUUAACUUCUGAUGUUAACUUAUGUAGUGUAGCUGAUGCCUUUAAUUAUGUUAAAUCAAAACGUAAUGUAAUCAGACCCAAUGAAUCGUUUUUAAAACAAUUAGAAACAUAUUUUUAUUCUUUCCAAUUAAAGGAAAGAUCAUGUGAAAUAUAA